AUGAAGCUGUAUUCUACACUCACAGCAUAUGUAGUCGAAGAUGACGGGUGUCGCCUCAUCUGUUCCAAAAUCGAUGGCCGACUAUCUGUGGAUCCAACACCUGAUGUUAUACCUAUGGACGCCGAAGAAGUGUGUGAUAUAAUAUCCGUUAUUGGACGAAUAGAUAUUGAUGGUGUAAAUUAUUUGCUCUUCGUUAGUGAAAGUACGAGAGUUGCGGAGUUCACCCAAUCAGAUAAGAAACAUGCUGUCUAUCGGAUUGAUCGGGUCAGAGCAAUACCUCUGAAUUCCACUGUAACCUCUGAUGGCGAUCCUGCGACAUCUGUUUCAACCUCCGAAAUGGCCACACGAAACACUCCAAAGCCAGCUGUUAUGCUUGAUGAGGUGCUUCGGAUUUUCAACGACCACCCAGACUUCUAUUUCUGUUUUGGUAGAGAUAUCACACACUCUACUUAUAGGAACUUCUCUUCACCUGGUGCAGAUCCUGACGGACGUUUCUUUUGGAAUAAAGUGUUGCUCAAAGAUCUACUGAAUGAGUCUGCCAACAGAGAUCUGGCAAGAAAAUGGAUUGUGCCAAUUAUGCAAGGGAGUAUAUCAUGUGACACAUUGUCAGUUGGAGAUGACCCUCAAAUCCCUUCCUCACUGAAUAUCACUCUGAUAUCCCGGCGGUCAGUACAUCGCGCAGGUGUAAGAUAUUUGAGAAGGGGAAUCGACUGCGAGUCUAAUGUGGCGAACUUUGUUGAAACGGAAUUGAUUCUCGAUAUUUUUGGUCACCACUUGUCUUUUCUGUAUAUAUGUCAUGCAGUUGACGUAUCUUUGGUUGCUUGCAGAUUUUCUCGACGCUAUUCUUUGUCCUCACUUCUUAUCUACUCUAGAAUUCAUGAGAUCUAUCAUGCUGCUAAGAUGGAUUGUCCUGAUCUAUACCUUGUAUCAUUCGAUCUUCAUCGACAUUGCCGAGGCCUAAAAUUUGACAAAAUCAACGAUCUUAUUAGUCAGCUGGAAGAACUACUCACACAAAUAGGGUAUUGUUGGGUAGACAAGACAGGUGAAAUAGUUAAAACUCAAAAAGGUGUCGUGCGAACCAACUGCGUGGACUGUCUUGAUCGGACGAAUGUCGUACAAUGGGUCUGCAUGCGUCAAGCGCAGCGACUGGGACUGUUCGGUCCCCUUUGUGAACCGCCAGAGGCUCUAGUCACACUUCUUCAGAAUAUGUGGGCCGAUAACGGAGACGUUAUAUCUACUCAGUAUGCAGGGACAGCGGCUUUGAAAGGAGAUGUGACAAGGAGUGGAGAAAGACGACUUGCUGGAAUCAUGCGUGAUGGGUAUAAUAGUGCAUCUCGGUAUUAUCUUUCCCAUAUUCGAGAUUCUAGUCGGCAGAAGGCAAUAAAUGCUCUCUUGGACUACAAAGAUCAAGGUUCUGAAUCUAUGGCAGACACUGACUCCGAUUCGGAAGAAGAUGAAAAUGUGUGUCGAUUGGUGGCCGAAACUGUACAUUUUCUUCUACCGGAAGGAGAAGUCGUCGAGGUUGGGCCUUGUGUAGUUCAGAGCAGAACGCGGACGCGAUCGACACAGUCUUACUUCUCACAAGAAACAAGUUGUUCAUUGCUGUUUACGAAUGAUGAUUUUGAAAAACUUGAGGAUGUUCGAAUUGUCCCGCUGGAUGAUGUUACUUCGAUAGAGGCCGUUUCAUCUCGAUCUGCUCCGGGUUUACUUAGAGCUACACGCAUGCUCAUGCAGACAGCUGGCUGGCGGGCUGGGAGAACUCGUCUGUUCAACAAUGUCGCUAUUCGACUGAGAUCUAUAGAAGAGGCUGCUGAAUACACGGAAUCUAUCGCUGAACAGGAUAUUCCUGUCCAACGGGUUGAGCGACUUUCUCUCCCAAGAUCUAGCAAUACCGCUAAAAAAGCACUGGCGUCAGUAGCCGCGGCAUUCAAAAUGCGUGUACGUCGUCCACAAGCUGCUGCAACCAUACCAACUAGCAGAUCUUAUGUCGACGAGGAGCGUGGACGCGUCACAACGAAACCUGAACCAACUUUGAUCGAUUUCGAGCUGGUCGACACGGAUUGCUCAGCACGUGAAUCGGUUGCGGAAUUUCGCGAUGACAUGAACUCCAACACUGCAACCAUCGUUCCUCCACAGAUUCAUGUGUCGGCAUCAGACAGUUGCCUUGUGGCUGAAGGAAGCCGACCAACGCCUUUGUCCGGCGGACUCGUUGGUCGCAUUCGAGGGCUGAAGCCAUUUACACGCUCGAAUGAUUCUAGCGCGGCCGCGAAUAGUCCAUUUGAAAGUCUAACCCCAGUUAUGUCUGCUUCUCGAACUAAUUUCAUCAUGCUU